AAUUUUGAUUUCGAAACCAGUACUGUACAGCAACUGCAUUCCCUCCAGAGGGAAGCGGUAGUGACUUCGCCAGAGAGAAAGAAAAGGGAAAAGCGGAGGAGGAUCAUAGAGAUAGGACAGAGAAGAAAAGAACGUCUGAAAGGUUCUAAAGUAUUCAGAAUGGAAGCAAAGAAAGCAAAUAUAGUUUCUCCAAAUUCUCCCAGACAAAAUGUGAACCCUGAUCUCGACAUUGAACGAAAAAAUAUCUCUUUCUCCAUUGAGCACCUUACUAAUAUACUGGAUGGCGGAUCAAACAAUACCAAGCUUCGGAGGGAAGUUGAGGCUGUGCUCGAGGCUGAUCCAGAAUUUAGCCCUGAAAACCGGUAUUUCCAGAGCCAAAAUGAAAGAUAUGAAACAGCUAUCAGAAAAUCUGUUUACCUCUCCCAAAAGAUGGCUAAAAUGGGAUGGAUUGCAGAUAGCCGAGAACAGUACUACUGCUUUAAGUUUCUGGCUGAAGAUUUGGCAUUUAACAUACACAUAGUCUUUAUAAAGAGCAUUUUGGCUUUAGGCACUGAUGAACAGAUCAACAAAUGGAUUCCUUUAGCAAAUAAGAAUUUCAUCAUAGGGACCUACGCCCAGACUGAAUUGGGACAUGGAUCUAAUCUUCGGGGCUUGGAGUCCACAGCCACAUUUGAUGUGGCCACUCAGGAGUUUAUCCUAAACACGCCAAGCGUCUCUUCCAUGAAAUGGUGGCCAGGAGACUUGGGCCGAACUGCAACUCAUGCUGUGUUUUUUGCUCAGCUUUAUCUGAAAGGACAUUGUUAUGGCAUGCAUCCAUUCAUCGUACAAAUCCGCAGUCUCAGAGAUCAUUCUCCAGGUCAAGGAAUAACUUUAGGGGAUAUAGGUCCCAAAAUGGGCUUUGAGAAUAUUGACAAUGGCUUUCUCAUCCUGAAGAAUGUCCGUGUUCCAAGAGAAAACAUGUUGGCCAAAUUCUCUCAGGUUCUACCAGAUGGUCAGUAUAAGAAACAAGGAUCUGACAAGAUCAACUAUUUGACUAUGAUUGUGGUUCGGGUGAACAUGCUUCAGGGUACAGUUAUCCCCUGUCUGAUGAAGGCUUGUACCAUUGCUAUCCGAUACUCCGUGGUGCGUCGGCAAUCUGAGCUAAAACCAGGUGAACCAGAGGCUAAAGUUUUGGACUAUCAGACUCAGCAGCAGAAGCUUUUUCCCCAGCUGGCCACUGCAUAUGCCUUUCACUUUGUCUGCAACUAUCUGCUGGGCAUUUUCAAAAGAUGCUACAUACAGACCAAUGAAGGAAAAUUUGACUUGCUUCCAGAGCUUCACGCCCUGGCAGCAGGCAUAAAAGUGAUCACUACCAACUAUUGCUCAGAAGGAGUGGAGGUGUGUCGAAAGGCUUGUGGGGGACAUGGCUACUCUCUUCUCAGUGGCUUGCCUUCCCUUUAUAUGAAAGUGAUCCCGUCUUGUACUUACGAGGGAGAAAAUACUGUUCUUCUGCUGCAAACAGCCAGAUUUCUUAUAAAAUGCUAUGGAAUGGCACAAAUGAGCCAGCCACUUCCUUCAUCAGUUGCCUACUUUUCUUCGGUGAAUUCUGGAAGAUGUCAAGCCCAGGAAAAAAAGGAUUUCCUAAAUCCUGAUAUUUACACAGAUGCCUAUAAGCAUCGAGCCUUCAGGGGUGUAAGAAAUGUGGCAAACAAGCUUCGGCAGUUGGUUGAGGAAGGAAAAGGACAACAUGAAGCCUGGAACCAGUGCACUGUGCAGCUAGCAAAAGCUGCGAUGGCUCACAGCCAUUACAUCGUGGUACAAAAAUUUACUGAAGAGUUGGGGAAACAUGCAAAAGGAUCUGCUAUCCAGAGGGUCCUCAAAAAUCUCUGUGACCUCUUUGCACUACAUGGGAUUUUCUCUAAUGCAGGAGAUUUUAUGCAGGAUGCGUAUUUUUCUACAGAGCAAAUUGACAGGGUGACUGAAACCUACCUGGACCUCUUGGCAGUCAUUCGGAAAGAUGCUGUACCAUUAGUGGAUGCCUUUGACUUUUCUGAUGCAUGUUUAAAUUCAGCCCUGGGAAGCUAUGAUGGCCAUGCCUAUCAAAGACUUUAUGAGUGGGCCAAGAAAUCACCGACCAAUCAGCAGGAUGAUCGGGUCUUCAAGACAUACUUAAAACCACUUUUCCAGAAUGCUCUUUCCAAGCUAUGAAGAGGGGUCUGGCAUGGAGCAACUCUUUCCAAAAACACCUUCCAAGCAACACUGUCGAUUUUCCUUAAUAAGCCCACAUAAUGUAAUUGUAGACUGCCUUUAAGCUGGGUAACAGCAGACUCAAUUGUCUCAAAGGUGCUUUUUCCAAAAGUCAACUGGACUUUUGUUUUUUUUUUUCCCUUUGAAGACAUUUUACUUCUCAUCCAAGAAGCUUCUUUAGAAGUGAAAUAAAGUGACGUGAAGAAGCUUCUUGGAUAAGAAGCUAAAUGUUUUUAAGGGGGGGGGACAAGAAAGUCCAGUUGUCUUUUGGAAAAAGCACCUUUGGGACAACCAUGACCUGGAUGACUGGGAAUCUCCAUGAACAGCAGACUCCUUUUGUUAUACAAAAAAGCAGGCUCUGAUUCCCAAAGAGCAUGUGAUGGUGGGAUGUUCACAAGAUGGUUCCCCACCAAAUAGUGAUCCUGUAUUCAUUUUCCAUUCUCUAUGAAGUCAGAACCAGGAAAAAGCCAUACACAUUCCCCAACAGAGCCUUCUCCAUCCUGAUAUCCUUCAAAUAUACUAGACGGCAACUAUCCACAGGGAAGUUGUAUUCCAUGUUAUUUGGAACUAGGAAAGGAUGCCCUAAAGCAGUAAUGAUGGGGUGCUAAUAGGAAAGAGUUCGUAUAGUUGGGUUGGGGGUGGUGCUUUUGAGUCAGGGCAGAUUUCUAACAAAUGCCUAGACUAGUCCUUGCAAUUGAAAGGAUGAGAGAGAGAGAUUGGUCCAAGGUCACCAAUUGAAUUUGUACCUAAAGUGGCACUAGAACUCACAGUCUUCUGGUUUUUAACCCAGUGCCUUAAUCAUUACACUAAACUAGUUCUCAUGAAAGUUUUAGGGCUUACUUAAUUUUUGAAAAAGUUAUUGGAGACUUACUAGAGUUACAGACCAAAUCAAUGUCACAAAAUGACCCUGAGAUAACAUUGCUGGGGGGGGCAGUUACUGGUUGAGUACAUGCUGACAUUAAAUCUGAUUUUGUUUUACUUAAUAAAUGCAUUCUCAGAACCAAACACAUCAUAUAUAGUGAGCUACCUCUCCCUUCCAUCACUUCUAAAAUCAUGAAACUUGAUUCUUUUUCUUACUACGCAUAAUACAAAUGAUUGCUAUUUUAUCUUGCGACUGUUGACACUGGAUUCAGAUCUGCAUUCAGACUGGGUCUCAUUUCAACUGUGUUUUGGACAUUUGCUAUUUCUCCAUCUUUUACAAAUAAAGUGGAAAAAAUCACACUGA